GCAGCCUCCAGCAGCGAAGUCCUGCACGGAAGAUCACAUACAUACAUACUACAGGCAAGAGCAGCUAGCUGCUAGAGCCUUCUCAACACAAAAGCCAGCUCCUCAAUCCGAGCGCCUGAGGCGUCCUGUCAAUUUGACUGUUUCACGGCGCUGGCUGCAGGCCAGCUGCAAUGUGAUUCAGCCGCGGUUUGUGGCUCCAGCACAGGGAGAAUGUUGAGCUGACUUUCUGCGAGCUCCAAGCAUGCAGUGACCAGAGUAAUUCACACAACGCAAGUGCAGGAACCUGCAUGGUGGUGCUGUGCAGCUUAUAUGUUCGGCCUGCUUGCUCCUGCUUCUGUUGGCGCACACGGGAUGGCGUACUAGAAACUCCUGAUCCACAGGCAUGAGACCAUCCACCGAGGGAAGUGUUGACUGUGGGAGACUCCAUGGCUUUGCUUGAACACACGUUACAGAAAAAGCUGGACAGAACCGACUCCGUGCACACACCAUGCUAUUGUGAGGAGAACGUGUACCUGCUCGUCAAGAAGUUGGCAGAAACAGGACGUGCAGCGGCAGAUUACUCGGACCUUUUCAUAGUCUUUGUCUCAAAUGAAAGGAAGCAGGUCUUGAUGUGGCGCCAGCAAGCUGGCUCCGAAGGAGACGGCGCCUGCGUAUGGGACUACCACGUCUUCCUCGUCCAAAAACGGGUCGAGUCUGAGGGUGGGUCGCUCAUUUGGGAUCUGGACACGACCCUGCCCUUCCCCGUCCGUUUCAGCACCUACUACGACGAGGCCUUCCGACCCAGCAUACGUCUAUACAAGGAGUUCGAAAGGUUGUUCCGUGUGGUCCCAGCUCAAACUUAUCUACAGCAUUUCUCGUCGGAUCGCUCCCACAUGCGGCGGCCGGACGGGAGCUGGAUGGCACCUCCCCCUCCUUAUCCACCCAUUCUGAAAGUGGAAGGUGUCGGCCAUGCGCUUAUUGACUACGUGAACGUGAAAUUAGCCGAUUGUGACGGACCGAAGGAAGAGGAGACAGAGCAAAAACGAGUAGAUGUAGGACCGGCAAAGUUACAAGGACAAAAGAUUCGAACGUUUGGAAUUGUUCACACCGAGAGUACAUUCGUAUGCUGCUUUCUAUAGCUAGUCGUUCUAUCUUCCAUUAUUGUGCUUCACCGUCCAUUGCACGUCAAACCAAUUGGUAAUUCUAGG